AUGGCAUCCAAUUAUCCCCUUCCGUCGUGUAGUCCUAUGUCCCGGACGCGCACCUCGCUUGACGAUGUGCAGUCUCUAGCAGAUACUAUGCUACACGCUUCACUUGGUAAAAGUUGUUCGAAAGGAGAUUCUGAUCUUCCUGACCGGGGUUUGUUAUUGACUUCAGCUACCACUUCGCGAACACGCGAGCGGCUUCGCUUAGUAGAGUUGGAGCGUGAUGAAAUGCGCCAUCUUAUCUCACACCUUAAGCACGAAGAUGCAUCGAGGCUAUCUACCACUGAAGCUGAGCUCCGCAUCCUCCAGCUUAAGUACGAUGUGACGAAGGCCGUCGCUCCACCACGUUCUGAGGGACUGUUUAAGGCAGCCUGCUCGACCGACUUGUUGUUUCUCAUGGACACCACUGGCUCUAUGCAUCCCUAUAUUGAAGCAGCUAAGGGCCAAGUCAAAAGCAUCAUUAAUGAAAUAAACAUGGCAUUCUUUAACGAAGCCUCUAUACGCAUAGCGAUCGUGGGGUACAAGGACCAUGGAGACUCGUGCAACAUUCAAUUUCUCGAUUUUACUCCUGAGACCAAUCAAGUGCUCUCAUUUCUCAACCAGCUACACGCUACAGGUGGCGCUGAUACACCAGAGGAUGUGCUCGGUGGUAUUCGGCAGAGUCUCAAUGCAAAGUGGAAACAUCCAACACGGUGUAUCAUACACAUUGCAGAUGCGCCGCCGCACGGCUGCACUUUACACGACCUAGGCAGCGGAAGUGACACAUACGCCAACCCUGGGAGCGAGCCGCACCACUUGACUCAUGAAACUCUACUCAGGCAGAUGAUUGAGCUAAACAUCAAUUACGCUCUAUUACGUAUUAACAAUACAACGGAUCGCAUGGCUUUUACAUUCUUCCAAGAGUAUGCUCUGGCCUCUUCGCACUGCAAACUUAACAAGUCCAACAGAUACUACAGCCAAGCAUGCAGCAAAUCUAUUGGGUCUGACAUUGACUUUCGUGGGGGGUUUAUUUCGAGACGGCGCACCCAAGCUAUGCUGCAAUUUGAAGAGUUGGAACUUGGCGCUAACUAUAGCGCGCUACAGCAUUUGGUUGUUAAGAAUAUCACAACUUCAGUUUCUCGUGUUGCAAGUGUAGCAGCUGCGUCUGCGGCGAGAACCGCCAUGACUCGGAACAGUAGGCCGUUGGGCCCACAGCUCUCAGCCGUCAGAGAGGAUGAGAGCGGCAUCGAAGAAGUGUUGGAGACCUCACCGCCGCAAUGGGAUACACCAGGCUGGUUGAAUGAGACGCUGCUGGUAGAAGCUUUCUCCACCGACGUUAUGGUAACCGGCACCAGCACAUUAAACGAAAUGAUGGCUCACGAUGACAACAUCAAAAUGAGUACGACGGAUCUAACCAUUCAUAAACGGGACCAACCGUUUGCCCAAGGAGCGACACGCGUGGCGGCUUACGCCCGCACGGCGGCCUCCACUAAUCACCUUGUGGUCAAAUCAUUGAAAAAAAAUGGAAAGGGGAUGGCGCACCUGGCCGACGAUAUGAGAUGCCAAGCCCUAUGUAAGGCAUUCGCGUUUGAAUUCAACGCAUUGGUGGGGGAAGAGCACUCGAUCGACUUCAUCGUUGUAACAUGCUUGAGACCCAAGUCAGGAACAGCCGCAGGCGUGAAAUACAUGUCUCUUGAGCCAUUGAUCGAAGGCACCUACGUCAAGUACAAUUCCAACGCUGGUUGGGUCAAUGAGGAUUACUCUGAUGACCCAUUAUACCAAGCCGCACAAACAUUCUCACACUUCACGUUCGAGCGCUCACGUGGACGCUUUUUAGUUAGUGACCUACAAGGCGUUGGCCACGUUCUUACAGAUCCAGCCAUCCAUACGCUUGAUCCUGAGCGAUUUAGGCUAAUCGAAACCAACCUCGGGGAGGCAGGCUUCAAGUUCUUCUUCAGUACACACCAGUGCAAUAACAUCUGUCACAAGCUAGGGCUAAAAAGUAAGGCUACGAUGAUUUUUUCGGGCAGAUAUGAGUUUAGAGACAAGUGGCCGGACAUGAGCAGGGUCGCCGAUAUGAUGGUGUGCUGCUCGAACAAACUGUGCAGUAAAAUUGUGCGUGUGGCAACAGCCAAGUUGUCGGAGGAAUUCCCCGGGUAUUGUUGGUGCGACAUAUGCUGGCCGCAGCUACGCUCGUCUAUGGUCCAAUUGGUUUGCAUUGCUUCUGAAGCACAUCAUAUAUUCGAUGUGUCCAAAUUCUUUUAUGAGUCGCAGGGGCAAAUCAUGCCCCGCGCAUGCCUGAAGCAUCGUACCAAGGACUCUGGGAUCUAA